CAGUGUAUGAGGUGACUGGCUCAGUGUAUGAGGUGACUGGCUCAGUGUAUGAGGUGAUCGGCUCAGUGUAUGAGGUGACUGGUUCAGUGUAUGAGGUGACUGGCUCAGUGUAUGAGGUAACUAGCUCAGUGUAUGAGGUGACUGGUUCAGUGUAUGAGGUGACUGGCUCAGUGUAUGAGGUAACUGGUUCAGUGUAUGAGGUGACUGACUCAGUGUAUGAGGUGACUGGCUCAGUGUAUGAGGUAACUAGCUCAGUGUAUGAGGUGACUGGCUCAGUGUAUGAGGUGACUGGUUCAAUGUAUGAGGUGACUGGUUCAGUGAAUGAGGUGACUGGCUCAGUGUAUGAGGUGACUGGCUCAGUGUAUGAGGUAACUAGCUCAGUGUAUGAGGUGACUGGCUCAGUGUAUGAGGUGACUGGCUCAGUGUAUGAGGUGAUCGGCUCAGUGUAUGAGGUGACUGGUUCAGUGUAUGAGGUGACUGGCUCAGUGUAUGAGGUAACUAGCUCAGUGUAUGAGGUGACUGGUUCAGUGUAUGAGGUGACUGGCUCAGUGUAUGAGGUAACUGGUUCAGUGUAUGAGGUGACUGACUCAGUGUAUGAGGUGACUGGCUCAGUGUAUGAGGUAACUAGCUCAGUGUAUGAGGUGACUGGCUCAGUGUAUGAGGUGACUGGUUCAAUGUAUGAGGUGACUGGUUCAGUGAAUGAGGUGACUGGCUCAGUGUAUGAGGUGACUGGCUCAGUGUAUGAGGUAACUAGCUCAGUGUAUGAGGUGACUGGCUCAGUGUAUGAGGUGACUGGCUCCGUGUAUGAGGUGACCGGCUCAGUGUAUGAGGUGACUGGCUCCGUGUAUGAGGUGACCGGCUCCGUGUAUGAGGUGACCGGCUCAGUGUAUGAGGUGACUGGCUCAGUGUAUGAGGUGACUGGUUCAAUGUAUGAGGUGACUGUCUCAGUGUAUGAGGUGACCUGCUCAGUGUAUGAGAUGACCGGCUCAGUGUAUGAGGUGACUGGCUCCGUGUAUGAGGUGACCUGCUCAGUGUAUGAGCUCAGUGUAUGA